UCAAGCUGGUAGAGACGGAGGGAGGGAGUAAGCAUUUUGUUAUCUGUACCUUUACAUGGAUAAAUUCUUACUGGGUUUAUGUUUGGAUUAAAAGAAGUAAACUAAGAGUAAGUGAGUAUUUCCAUGGCCAUAUCAUUUCUCUUCCCAAAUCCUCCCUUAACAAACCGACACAAGUCUACGCUUCCGGCUGCGUACAGUGGCACCUGCGGAGCUAAAAAGAGAGCAGCAUGCAUAGUUUGUGCAAGAAGCCAAGAUGACUAUCACGCCACCCUUAAAGCCCUUAAUUCCAAAGGCCGUUUUCCCAGAAAAUCUCUCGGCCAGCAUUACAUGUUGAAUUCUGAAAUAAACGACCAACUUGUAGGCGCUGCUAAUAUCCAAGAAGGAGAUUUGGUGUUAGAGAUUGGACCUGGAACCGGUUCCUUGACCAAUGUACUGAUAAAUGCUGGUGCCACGGUCCUUGCCAUAGAGAAGGAUCCCCAUAUGGUGGGACUGGUAACUGAAAGAUUCGCUAGUACAGAGCGGUUCAAGGUCUUGCAAGAAAAUUUCGUCAAAUGUCAUAUCCGCUCUCAUAUGUUGUCAUUGUUGGAGAGUAGAGAAUCAUCAAAUGCAAAUGCAGCUUAUGCUAAGGUUGUUGCCAACAUACCUUUUAAUAUAAGUACAGAUGUCAUCAAGCAACUUCUUCCGAUGGGUGACAUUUUUUCUGAAGUUGUUCUCUUGCUUCAGGAGGAGACAGCCAUGCGCUUAGUGAAACCAUCCUUGCGGACAUCUGAGUACAGACCCAUCAAUAUCUUUGUCAAUUUUUAUUCAGAGCCCGCAUACAAAUUUAAAGUCCCAAGAACAAGCUUUUUCCCUCAGCCAAAUGUUGAUGCUGCCAUCGUCAAAUUUAAGCUAAAGCAAGCUACUGACUAUCCCUCAGUUGCCUCCACGAAAAGCUUCUUCUCAAUGGUCAAUUCAGCAUUCAACGGAAAACGUAAAAUGUUGCGGAAAUCACUCCAGCACUUGUGCACAUCCCUCGUGAUCGAGAAAGCUUUAGGAGAUGUUGGACUUCCACCAACUUCAAGACCAGAGGAGCUAACCUUGGAUGAUUUUGUGAGAUUGCAUAAUUUAAUUGUGGAAGUUGCAUAAAGCAUAAUCUACCUUGUCCAAUAUCCCACAGAUUCAAAUCAAAUAACAAAGAAAAACUACAGCAGUGAAGUAUAAUAUCUCCAGCAGUAGUCUUCUCUGAAGGUAAUUGGCAAUCAUGAAACGCGCAUUUUAAGAAUUUUGUACGAUAAGCAACUGUAUAGCAUUAAAUUAUCCAACUAUAAUGUAUACCCAAAGCUUUCAUUGAAUACAGAAGUAACUGAGUACA